AUGUUUAAGCUACUCGGAGGUUUGAAACAGUACUUCAAAUGGCAAGACAUCCAGACGGAUAAUAUCGUGUUCCGGCUUCACAACACCUUCACCACCGCACUACUACUCGCGUGCAGUUUGAUUAUAACCGCCACACAGUAUGUCGGCAACCCGAUCAGCUGCAUCGUUGGUGGCGUUCCACCGCAUGUCGUCAAUACGUUUUGCUGGAUCGCUAGCACCUUCACAAUGCCGGAUGCGUUCCGCAGACAGGUUGGACGUGAAGUGGCACAUCCCGGCAUAUCGAACGAUUUUGAUGACGAAGAUGCGAAGAAAUACUACACCUACUAUCAGUGGGUCUGUUUCGUGUUGUUCUUCCAGGCUAUCGCUUGUUACACUCCAAAGUUCAUCUGGGACGCUGUGGAAGGAGGUUUAAUGCGAAUGAUCGUGAUGGGACUCAACCGGGGUGCAUGCAAGGAGCAGGAGAAGUGUGCCAAGAAGCAGAUACUGCUCGACUACCUGUUGACUCACCUAAAGCGACACAAGAUCUACGCAAUUCGCUACUGGGUCUGCGAAGCACUGUGUUUCGUCAACAUAAUUGUCCAGCUGUGGCUGAUGAAUCGAUUCUUCAACGGUGAGUUCCUUUCGUACGGAUGGGACGUUCUGCAAUACUCGGACCAGCCACAGGAGCAACGGGCCGAUCCGAUGGUGUUUGUGUUCCCACGUGUCACCAAGUGUAACUUCUACAAGUAUGGUGCGUCCGGAUCGAUUCAAAAGCACGACGCCAUGUGCAUCUUACCGCUGAACAUCGUUAACGAAAAGACGUACAUCUUUAUCUGGUUUUGGUUUAUCAUCUUAGCCUCCUUUUUGGCGGGGUUGAUUAUAUACAGAACUGUCAUCAUUUGUAUGCCUUCGGUGCGAUCGAAACUGCUGAACGCUCGAAACCGCAUGGUGCCUCGUGCUGUCGCGAAAACCAUUUCUGCGCACCUGGAUGUUGGCGACUGGUGGAUCGUGUAUAUGCUCGCGCGAAAUCUCGAUCCCAUCAUAUUUAAAGACGUUGCAACGGAGCUCGCGAAACGUAUCGAGUUGAACGAUGCGGACGAAAAUGAUCAGAACGAAAAGAAGCGAAUGCACUAG